AGCCGGGCCGCUCGGCAGGCGCCGGAGGCCAGGUUGCCCGCACUGGCGGCAGCCUGCCCGUUGGGCACUGCCCCCGCCACCGCCGCCGCGGGAGCUCCGCAGCACGCCCUGUGUCUAGGUCGUUUGGGAAGCGCCUGGGAGAGUCAAGAAUAAAAUUGCAGGUCAAACAAUGGAUGACUGGAAAAGUCGACUUGUAGUCAAGAGCAUGCUUCCCCAUUUCGCCGUGGUGGGAAAUCGUCAGGAGCCCAGAAAGCUCCAAGAAUCGGCACAGGGAACCACUAAGCGGAGACAGGAAGGAGAAGAUUUCCAGCUUUCAGGCAUGGGCGACGAAGGUUACCCUAAUCAAAUCAAGAGACCAUGCCUUGAGGAUGUCACCCUUUCAAUGGGCCCGGGUGCCCAUCCCAGCACAGCCUGUGCACAGCUGCAAGUUCCUGCGUUACCCAUGAACCCUAGUUCUGCAGCAAUGGCAGCCCCUGGCCAUCCGUUACUACUGGACAAUAGCCCCAGGAAUGGCAGCGUCAUGGGCCCACCAUUUGCAGGGCCAUCAACAGCAGAAAUGGGAGUGAAAGGCCCCUCUAUUCCUUACUAUGACAAAACCAACAGCGCACCGGCUGUGGAUCAGGAACUUCAAGAUCUGCUGGAGGAGCUCACAGAAAUUCAAGAAUCUUCUCAGAGUGAGCUCGAUCUUGAGAAAAUCCUGGGGACCAAGCCAGAAGAACCGCUGGUCUUACACCACCACCCACCGGCAACCUUAGGCGCGACGGCCAAGCCCACGGUUCAGAUGCCACGCUUGGAGAGCCUCAGUUCCGACAAGGACUUUGCUUCCAGUUGCAGCCAGGUCACUGAUGUGUCGCUUCAGAUCCCACCCUCCUCUGCGGGGCUCAGCUAUGCAAUUACGCCUGCCAGUAAGCAGAUGGCCUCCCCAAGUUCCUCGACUGUGCAGGCCAAGAAUCAGGCCCAGGUGACACUCUCAGCUGCCCUACCGCCACUCCCAGUGUCUCAGUGGCAUCAUGCCCACCAGCUGAAAGCGCUGGCGGCCAGCAAGCAGGGCUCCAGUAAGAAGCAGCUGGGCCCCACCACCAGUUGGUCUGCCCUGCCUCCUUCUGGCCUCUCCCCACCUUACCAGCCAGUGCCCGUGGUCUCACCACAGCCACUGUCGCCCUUCAGCCCUCAGGGGCUCAUGGUGUCCUGUAUGUCAUCGAACAGCCUGCCGGGGAGCACCCUCCAGGGCUCUCCCAAUGCCUUACUGUCCAGCCUGGCGCCCAGCAGCAGCACUGUCCUUGGGCCGGCCAGGCCCUACGUGCCGGAGAAGUUCCCUAGCCCCACGCUCCAGCAGCCACCACCAUUUAGCGCGCAGACCUCCAUCCUUGCCAACCUGGUGUCCUCUUCCAUCAAACACCCUCAGGGGCACCUGAUGUCUGCUCUGCCCACCAGCAACACGGGGCCCUUAACCCCCUAUCGCCCAGAGACACUGUCUAGCCCAGGCCUGCCCCAGCAGUCCUUCACUGCACAGUGCCCCCUGAUUCAGGGCCUCACCACCUCCACUCAUCCGCUCUGCCAGCCGCAGCCACCAGCCAGUGCUAUCUACAAGCCCAAAACCCUGAGCAUGAUCAUGCAGCAGGGCCUGACCAGCCCCAGCCCGGGAGCCUCAGAGCCCUUUCCUUUUGGCCACACCAAGCCCUUGUCACAUUUCACCUCUGAGCCAGGCCCCCAGAAGAUGCCGUCAGUGCCCACCACAGCUCGGCAGCCUGCCUUGCUGCACUACCUGCAGCAGCCCACACCACCACCGGCCUCUUCUGCCACGGCCUCGUCCACGGCCACCUUGCAGCUGCAGCAGCAGCCGGAUCUUUCUUCAUUCCUCCUGCAACAUGUGACACAGCAACCACAGCGCUUUCAGCGGUCUCUGGCCUCGGGGGAUUCCAUGCCUUCUCUGCCCAGACAGGCGUGUUGCCAACUGUUCUCGUGGACUUCCGUGGCUGGCUCGAUGGAGCACCAGCUGAAUCAGCACUGGAACCCUUAUCCUAUCAGGCAGGAUCCUCAGCCUGGAGCCAUGUCACCAUCUAAGAUUCAAGAGAAGCAGAGAUCAGGUCUUAUGGCAAUGACCCCUGAACAGCGCAGUUCACGUAUCGCCCAACGGAUGAGUCAAUUUCAAGCCAUCCAAGAUCAAGUCAUCUCUAAGUGUAGCCGGACCAAGGCAAGCUCCCCACCCAGCCAGUGCAUGAUACCACCCAGAGCUGGGCUCCUUCAUAGCAGUCUGAGUUCAGGAAUGGCCUCACCCAUCAGGCAGCAGAGCCAGGAGAUUUUCAGCUUCAGACCCCCGUUUCCCACACCCUCACAAUUGGGCCACAACCCCCUGGGCAGCCUCGGCUCCAUCUACCAGCACAUGGGGAUACCCAAGGCUGCGCCUGCAGGAGUGCCCCUGCCUAGAUUCUAUGCCAGGCCCCUGGGCAGCCAAGCCCUGGGUCCUCACCAUCUCAGACAGCCGCAUAUGUCAGGAAUGUCCACCGUACUCCACAGCACUUCCUGGGUGGUGGCAGCAGCAUCUCUGCACACCCCAGUCUUGAGGGAGCCAUCCCCGAACCAAGCAGCUCAUGGCAUGCAGCAGCAUUAUGAUAGCAGUGCCAUCUUUGCCAAGGCCCUUGUGACAACCUCCCUGGAAGCCCCAGUGUUUCCCUUGCAGCAGGCAGUUGUGUCCCCUAGUCGGGUGGCCCUAGAAGGCAGACCUAGCCAGAAGGUGGGUCCUGCACCCGCCAAGCCCAGCUUCAGCCUGCUAGGCAACAAUAGUGUCAGGCAGAGCCCGGUGCAGGGCCCCGUGCCCACACCACAUGCCACCAAGUCCCUCCAGAAAAGUAUGGUCAGCUUCGGGCCUGAGAGUCCCAUCCAGGCCAUCGAGCCACCAAGCUCUGUGGCUGCCGCUGCUGCCCCCUCCAUCAUGGCUGCCGGCCAGUCCCCGGCCAGUCCCUGUGACAGAACAGGGAGCCCAUCUGAGUCGUCGUCCCAGUCCCCACUGGACGAUCUUAUUUCACUUCCUGACUGUUCUGAAGUGGAUUUCGACACUUUCAUGAUGGAUUCCACCGAGAGCCCAGAUGAAGACUGGAUGGGCAACCUGAGGCUGAUCAGUGGCACUGUAGAAGACCAGGCUGCUGACAAGGGUGCCAAGGCCCAGAGUGUGGGCCACGUCCCCCAGAAUGCUGACAAGCUUUAAAUGCCCUAGAAACCUCCACGUGGCCAUCACUCUGGGGAGUGAUGUGAGUCCAUAGCAAAUUUACCACUGGCCCCACACAGCCACAUGCUUAUUGCCUCAUUACAAUUUGAGGGGCGGCAGCCCACACCCAUCCCUCUCUCUACCUGUGACAAAAUGGAAAUCUGGUGAUUUUUCAAGCUACCUGUACAUACCUGAAAAUUUUGUACAUGGUUUUCCUAAACGUUCAUGACAGAAGUGUUUAUACUGCGUUUUGUGAGUUUGUAAUUAAGAUGACGGCUUUCGUUUCAACAGAGUUGUUUAUUAUGCCAUUGUCCGUGUGUAUUCUACAUUGUUCAAAUAUGCAGACUGUGUUGUUCACUCCAGCCAUACCUUAUCAAACCAGGUGGCGGAGUUGCUUGCGCUUUUGAUGCAGUGGUGGAUGUGACCAAGAGAUGUUGUGCAAACUGACAAAUGCCAAAUAGAAACUCACUUGGCCAUCUAUUCCCGUUUCCACUAAAACUUCUAUCGCCCAGUGUGAUUCUUAAUGUCUUUUGCAAACCUUGCAGCAUCUUCUAGCUCUUUCCUGAUGAGCCUGUUACAGCACAAGCCAUUUUAUCAUUAAGUAGCCUGCAGAGAAAUUAUUUGCCAGGAGGUAGAGAGUUCUGGCGGAGAAGGCAAUGGCACCCCACUCCAGUACUCUUGCCUGGCAAAUCCUAUGGAUGGAGGAGCCUGGUAGUCUGCAGUCUGUGGGGUCGCAAAGAGUCUGACAUGACUGAGCGACUUCCCUUUCACUUUUCACUUUCAUGCAUUGGAGAAGGAAAUGUCAACCCACUCCAGUGUUCUUGCUUGGAGAAUCCCAGGGACGGGGGAGCCUGGUGGACUGCCGUCUAUGGGGUCACACAGAGUCGGACACGACUGAAGUGACUUAGCAGCAGCAGAAAGUUCUGGAUAUUUGAGAGAAGCAAAGAGAGUUUGUAAGCUGGGCAUCUCUGAGGGUUCUACCCUUUAUCACUCAGACAGUUUGUACUACUCUAACAGGCACCUUGCAGGGUGGAGGCAAGAUGCUCCUGAUUUAAGGCCUUUCAGUAUUUGUUCUGAUGUAAGGCUCUGUAGUCUGGGGAAAAAAAUGAGCCUGUAAACAUGAAUAGUUGAUUUGGGUUUUGUCACUGAUGUUUUCUAUUUGCAGUUUUCAUCACGUAUGUUUAAGUGUCUUACAGAAAACCCACACCCACUGUCCUGUAAACUUUUGUCAAUGUCCAGACUCUGUGUAAUGACAUUUUAAUUGCUACCUGGUAUUUUGCCUCUGCAUUUGAAAUCUGGCAUCUGUUUCAAGCAAGUGUUUUUUUUCUUCGUUCUGUAAUAAACAGGAGAAAAGUA